AUGUUAGAUCCUCAAGCACCACCACCUUCAUGGGAUAGUCCUCCAAGACCAUCCACUUUGAAGACAAAGAAGAAACUUCUUCCUUACCUUGAAGCAGCCGACCUGGAGACAUCUAGCCAAGCCGCAUCACACCAAGAAGAGUACCUUCUAGCCACACCAGAAGAGGAGAUUAACCCUGGACAAGCCAAAGACUGGGCUAAGUUCAAUGCCCAACAUGCUUUCAAGACUUGGAAUGGAUACAAAGGAGCUUUCCUUCACAGAUUUGCCAAAGGUCCUGUUUAUGUCCCACCACCACGCCCAAGCUAUUCACAAUACCAUCCAUCAUCACCAGACAUAAACAAGACACCACUUUUCCCAAGGGAGAGCUACCAAGCUGCGCGCCAAACCAAGAUUGAAGAUAUGCUUCAAGAGUACUUGAGAAAUCAAGAAGAGAGUACAAAGAAGAUGGAGAGAAGAAUCGAUUUCAUCCAUGAGAGCCUUGGAAACAAAUCUGAAGUCCUAUUCAAGCAAGUGAUCAAGCUUGAUGAAGACAUUAAGAAGUUAAGAGAGGAUCAUGAUCGAUCUUUGACCCUAGUUAAGCUUGAUGUUGCUUCCAAAUAUCAAGAGUUGCUGAACAAGAGCUGA